GAAGAGAGUCUUUAGAUACAGCCUUGGCACGAAGCGAAGGUUGAAAAGCUGAUAAGUAGAUUUGAUGGUUACUUUUGUAUUAGCUGUUUAUUUACCAAGAAGGCAUGUAAAGAGUUCCUCUGUUACGUCAGCAUCUUUCACACCUCUGUUUAAGAAGCAUGUUUUUGCCAAGAUCUGUUACAGUCAAGAGAAGUGCUGAUGAGGACAAAAGUUGUGCAGCUAAGAAAAAUAAGUUGUCUUCUGGAGGAUCUUUGUUAGAGGAGAAUGCUGAGCUCCAAGACUGUAAAUCAUUUACAACAGAAACUUCUGCUUCAAGAUGUGAUAUGAAGGAAGCUGUACAAGAAUGCACAGAACCUGUAGCUAUUCCAUCAAAUCUUGGUUUGGGUAAUACUUCUUUGGGAAAGGACAACCAAAAUACCAAUGAAGAUAGCUCUUUGGAAGAGCCCAUAAAAUCCUUCAGCAAAUCCCAGCGUUGGGCAGAGCCUGGAGAACCUGUAUGUGUUGUCUGUGGUCGCUAUGGAGAGUAUAUCUGCGAUAAAACGGAUGAAGAUAUUUGUAGCCUGGAGUGUAAAGCCAAACACCUUUUACAAAUUCAAGAGAAGGAGAAAAAGCUGAAAUCUGAUCAACCUACAAAAGCAGAAUCUCAAGCAGAAAUUGACCUGCUUAAUACACCUUAUUUCUACAAAGAUCACUCCUUUAUUUUAGGUUUGCAAGAUGAGCAGGUUGAGAACCUUAAACUGCAAUUAGGUAUUGCAAUCCAGGGCCAGCAAGUUCCAAGACCUAUUAUAGAGUUUGAACACUGUGGUUUUCCUGAAACUUUAAACAGCAAUUUAAAGAAUUCUGGUUACGAAGUCCCAACUCCCAUCCAAAUGCAAAUGAUCCCUGUUGGUCUAUUAGGGAGGGAUAUUGUGGCUAGUGCAGACACAGGCUCAGGAAAAACGGCAGCCUUCCUACUCCCUGUUAUUAUGAAGGUUUUAAAAGAGGCAGAAACUCCAUCUGCCCUUAUUUUGGCACCGACACGAGAAUUAGCAAUUCAGAUAGAGAGACAAGCUAAAGAACUGAUGGCUGGUUUACCAAACAUGAGGACAGUUCUCCUGGUAGGAGGUUUACCACUGCCACCGCAGCUUCAUCGUCUCAAGCAAAGCGUGAAGGUUAUAAUAGCAACACCUGGAAGACUUCUAGAGAUUUUAAAGCAAAAUUCUGUUCAACUUCAUGGCAUAAAAAUCGUCGUAGUGGAUGAAGUGGAUACCAUGUUAAAAAUGGGUUUCCAGCAGCAAGUGCUGGAUAUUUUGGAAGACAUCUCUCACGAUCAUCAAACCAUACUGGUGUCAGCCACAAUUCCAGUGGGUAUUGAACACCUAGCAAAUCAGCUUCUGCAUGAUUUUGUAAGAAUAACAGUUGGAGAAAAGAAUCGACCAUGUUCCAAUGUUCGCCAGAUUAUUUUGUGGGUAGAAGAACCAUCUAAAAAGAAGAAACUGUUUGAAAUUCUAAACGAUAAGAAACUCUUCAAACCUCCAGUGUUGGUAUUUGUGGACUGCAAAUUAGGAGCAGAUCUGUUGAGUGAUGCUGUUCAUAAGAUAACAGGACUACAGUGUACAUCUAUGCAUUCUGAAAAGUCUCAGGUGGAAAGAACAGCCAUAUUACAGGGAUUGCUUCAAGAAAAAUAUGAAGUAAUAGUAAGUACUGGAGUCCUUGGACGAGGGCUUGACCUAGUCAAUGUCAAAUUGGUAGUAAAUUUUGACAUGCCUUCAAGUAUGGAUGAAUAUGUACAUCAGGUUGGAAGAGCAGGGAGGCUGGGUCACAGUGGAACUGCAAUAACUUUUAUCAAUAACAACAGCAAGAAACUCUUCUGGGAUGUUGUGAAGAGAGUAAAACCAACAGGCACCAUUCUUCCCCCACAGCUGCUUAAUUCCCCAUAUCUUCAUGACCAGAAGAGGAGGGAACAACAGAGACUUAAACAGUUACAGAAUAGUCUUGUAACAGGAGAUAAUAUUAUGGACAUCAUUAGGAAACAUGACAAAAAUAAUUCUCAGAGGUAACAAGCACAUAAGUAUAUUUAUAAUUAUAUUGGAAGUGUGAAAAAAAUAAACACUGAAUUAUGAUGUCUUGUGUAUUGCCUUUUUAAAAGGAAUUUACAUGUUUUUAAGGAGUCUAAUUUUUGUAUCAUCUUUAUUUUGAAAUAUAAAAUACUGUGGGUUGUAAUAGAAUUAGUGCCUAAUUAAACUAUUUUGUGUAAGCCUUUUUUUUU